CUGCGAAAGCUCGACAAGUCAGUAUCAAGCAGCACAUCAAUAGUUUGCUCUUAUGAGACCCUCGCGUUCCGACUUCUUCACGAAACAUAGGAUCAAGCAAAGGUGCGGAAGGUCUUUCCCAUUUCACUUGUCCUUACACUGAGGUGUCUAAUGACCUUCAGCUCAGGGCUGUCCAUGUGAGAAGAGAAUCUGAGAAGAGAAGGGCAGACACUUAAAGAGAGAGAAGAGUUUCCCACAGAGCAUGGCCUCUGCCAAAGAAGAUGGCGUGGAUGAAAGAACGAUGGACAUUAAAGAAGAAGAGUGUGAGCGGCUCACACCAGAGGAUGUGUGUGUGAAGCUGGAAGAUCACGAAGAAAGAAUUUCAGUUUUUAAAGUGGAGGAGGAGUGCAAGGGGGUGACUGUUACCAUUAAAGCUGAGGAUUUGAAUGAUUUCUCCGUUGGUCUUGAAUUUCAAAAGCAUGAAACUGAGGAUAUUUUCAAUCAACAUGCCUGUGAAGAAUCUCCAUCCAGUUUACAGUCCUGGUCCACUAAUACGGGACGACUGGCUACACAGGAGAAUUCUGCAGAGCUCAAAUCAGAGUUAUCAGAGUCUGAAGAGAAAAUCACUGAGGGCAAUGGGAGAGAAGGAGAAGAGUCACCUGGGAGUGCUGGAAUAAAUUUACAGAAGAAUGGCAGCUUCUCUCCACCUUCAUUUGGUCAGUCCUCUCUUCAAUACAAAGAGAAAGGUAUAAAGAAUUCAGCAAGAGGAUCAGAGAACCUGACAUCAGCCUUUUUGCAGUGCAGUUGUCUCCCUGCUACUGGAGUAACACAGACAGAAGCCAUCAAAACUGAUCGACAACAGGUGGAGAAAGAAAUCCAAAUUGAUACUGGAGAAAAAUGUUGUUUGGAAUGUGGCAAACAAUUCACACAGAAAAGUGAUCUUAAUAAGCAUAUAAAGAUUCACACUGGAGACAAAACAUAUUGUUGUCAUGAAUGUGGUAAGUCGUUCUCCAGGAGAAGCAAUCUUCAAAGUCACAAAAGAAUCCACACUGGAGAAAAACCUUAUUGCUGUCCAGAAUGUGGAAAGUCCUUCUUAAAGAGAAGCAAUUUUCAGAACCACAGAAGAAGCCACACAGGAGAAAAACCUCAUUGUUGUCCAGAAUGUGGUACGUUGUUCUCAAGCAGAAGAAAUCUUCAGAACCACAUAAGAAUCCACACAGGAGAGAAACCUCACAGCUGUCCAGAAUGUGGAAAGUCAUUCUCAUGUAUAAGCUAUCUUCAGAGGCACAGAAAAAUCCACAGGGGUGAAAAACCUCAUUGUCCAGAAUGUGGUAAGUCGUUCUCAACGAGAAACAGUCUUCAGAACCACAUAAGAAUCCACACAGGAGAAAAACCUCAUUGCUGUCCAGAAUGUGGAAAGUCAUUCUCAUGUAGAAGCAAUUUUCAGAAACACAGAAUAAUCCACACAGGAGAAAAACCAUAUCAUUGUCAUGAAUGUGGUAAGUCGUUCUCAAUGAGAAGCAGUCUACAGAGGCACAGAAAAGUCCACACAGGUUAAAAACCUUAUUAUUGUCCAGAAUGUGCCGAACAAUUUUCUGACAAAUGCAGUUUUCAAAGGUAAAUAGAAAUUGAUACUGGAGAGAAGCCAUAUUGCUGUUCUUAAUGUGGAAAAAGGUUUUAAACAUUUGCUCUUUUCAAGUAAACGCACAAACUCCCACUAAAAUGAUUCUCACAUCCAAGCGCACUUCGCUGCCACAGAGAGAUCCACAAUGGAGAAAAGCAGUACACCUGUUCUGAAAGUAGUAAAGGGUUCUCUUCCAGAGAAAGUUUUCAGAGACACACUCAAAGUCAUAUUGGAGUAAAGUCUGUCCCAAAAAUGUCAAAUUCAAUGAUCUUUCCAUUGAAUCCUCAGGCAAAAAAA